GGCAAUCUAGUACAUACUUGUAUAUUUACUUAAACUGUGCCCUAAGAGCUCCAAAUUUUUAUUUCAUCUUUUCAGUUUUUGAAAACUACUGAAGAAAGACAGUUCGUGAAAAUGAAGUUUCUUGUCCUUAUAUUCUUUCUACUUGUCCUUGUGGGCCUUGCUGUGGGAUUAAAGGAUCCCGCCUGCGGACUUCAGCCUGCUAAAGAUGGAGAUGGUGUUGCAAGAUGUUUGGCCUAUAUACCUAGCUAUACCUAUUAUCCCGAUAAAGACGAAUGUUCAGAAUUUAUUUACGGUGGAUGUGAUGGCAACGACAAUCGUUUCGAUAGUAAAGAACUUUGUGAGGCCAAGUGCAAGGAAUAAUAUGUACCUUAUAUUAAAAGGAAAACAAAAAAAUAUUACUCUUGCGAAAAUAUAAAAAAAUCUAGAGGAAA